AUGCCUGGACACGGUCAUGGCCACGGCAAUGGACACAGUCACGGUUGCUGUGAAUGCAAACACGAGCCAGCAGAGCGAGGAGUGGAAUAUGAACUGUACAGACGCAUUGAUAUCGAGAAGCUUCAGUGUUUGAACGAGAGCCGAGACGGAGACGGUAAACUGUUGUUUAAGCCUUGGGAUCAAUGCACUGACAGAGAUAAGUUUGUUGAAAGCAAUGCUGACGAAGAGCUUCUGUUCAACAUACCGUUUACAGGUAGCGUGAAGCUGAAAGGAAUCAUUAUUUCUGGAGAAGAUGAUGAGUCACACCCAGCUGAAAUGAGAUUGUACAAGAACAUACCCCAAAUGUCAUUUGAUGAUACAAGCAGAGAGCCAGAGCAAGCAUUUCUCAAGAAGUAUUAA